AUGGCGGUUUUCGUGAUAACUUUAAUAGCAUUAAUGCUUGCUGCAAGUACAGCUGUGAAUGCCGAAAGAGUCUACAGCUAUCGCAUGUGCCCUAAUACUGAUUGUGAAGUUUAUGAUAUGUUUAUUGAUCCAUGUCCCGAAGCCCAAUACAACCGAGCAUGUGCAUGGCCAGAAAACUCGAACACGUCUGUCGCAUUCAUAUAUAAGCCUGAAUUUGGUGCGCACUUUCCAAGAACACAACUAUACGCUGAAACCUUUUUGACGGACUUCCCGUUUCUGGGCAUUAACACGAACGCAUGCUUAUACACAAGUUGUCCCGUAGUGAAGGACACCCAACAGUAUUGGCUGUUCGAUUUAUUCGUACCACCCAAAAAAUAUGUGAAGACUCAUUACACAAUCAAGUUCAUGUUAUGGGACAUCUUUAACAACCACCAACAGUGCUGCUUUACAUUCGACGUCAAGAUCGUUUAA